UUGCUCAUCAGGGAAAAAAUUGCGCCACCGAUAUUUCUUUCCAUCGCGAACUCACCGUUUUGCUCCGCUGAAGUUUCCCGGUCCGUGCGCCAUAUCAAGGUGUUCAACAUUUCUGUUGCUGCUGCAUUACAGAAGUUAAGGAAAGGAAGCGGUGCAAGCUUGUUCUGCCGACAAUUUGUUUUCCUACCUACUCUUGUGAUCUGUAAAAGGAUAAAAGAAAGCCAUCAUCAUGAAGCUCACGUGUUUCUUCGUUGUGCUCAUUGGAGCAAUUUUGGCAAUGGGAACUACUACCAAUGCCACUAACACCACAGCUGCGCCAACAACCACAGCGGGGUCUACAACCACAGCGGGGCCUACCACCACAGCGGGGUCUACCACCACAGCGGGGCCUACCACCACAGCGGGGUCUACCACCACAGCAGGGCCUACCACCACAGCGGCAAAAACUACUACAGCUGUGCCAACAACUACAAAGGUACCAACCACCACAGCGGCACCUACUACUACUAAGGCACAGACCACUACCAAGGUGAUGACCACAACCCCUGCACCGACCACGACGCCUGCACCGACCACGACGCCGAUGCCCACACAGACAACUUGGAGGCUGGACAACAGCAACAAGUCCGCUUGCAUUUUGGAACAGAUGGAAGCCAAAUUUUCAAUCAUGUAUGAAAUGAUAAAUGCGGAGAACAAAACUGUCCAAUCUACAAUCACAUUCAGUGUGCCCCAGGAAGCAACGGUUGACGUUGCAAACAGCGCUUGCGGCAGCAACGAGACUAUGCCCAAGCUAACCCUCAUCUUUGACGAACCAGAACUGGGCAACAAGUUUGAGCAGUAUUUCACCAUGUCCGCCAACGACUCCGCCCUCACCAACAUAAGCCUUGCGCUCAACCACACCAAUCCUUUGUUCCCUAACAGCACCAAGGCCGGUCAGCUGGUGAUGUACUCUGCUACCCUUCCCAGUGCCACAUUCAUGGUCAACAAUGGCAAUUCUUACCUCUGCAAUGCCCUCCAGAUGUUCAAGGUCAACAUGGAUGCCAAUGUCACCUUCUCAAGGGUCAAAGUUCAGACAGCUGAUAUCGUAGACAACAAAUUUGGAAAUGUAUCCCAGUGCCCUCAAGAUACGCCCUCUACCUCGCCAGCCCCCACCUCCAGCAUGGCGCCCAUGACCACCCCCUUCCCACCGGCAGACAACUGGAACAUCACCUAUGAUAACAAGAUCUGCAUGAUGGUCACCAUGUCCCUCGAAUUCAACAUCACUUAUAAUACGACUACUAAAGACCAGAACAAAACUGUCACCGUGGUCCUCCCCAAGACCGCGAAUCCCUCCAACUCAACUUGCGGAGCCAGCAACACCAGUUCCACUUUCAUCCUGAUCUUCAGGAAGGACUGGAUCCUGGAGCUGGACUUCACCCUCAACACCACCUCCAACGUCUACAAGAACACCAAAAUGAUGCUCACCUACAACUACAACUACUUCAAUGAUUCGGCCAAGAACGGUUCUGCCACAGCCUCUACGAAAGAAAGCAAGAUCGAGGCAGCAAAAGGAAAGUGUUACAGCUGUAAAUCCGAGGCCGAACUAAAAGCAGACAAUGUUGUCUUCAUUCUUCAUGAUGUCAAGAUUCAGCCAUUUGCAAUUUAUACAAAUCAGACGUACGGUGCAGAGGCACCUUGCCCAGCUGACAGCUCGCUCAACAACAUUGUACCAAUCGCAGUGGGUUGCGCCCUCGCUGGUUUGGUCAUCAUCGUGCUCGUCGCAUACCUGAUCGGGCGUCAGAGGAGUUCAAAGUCCGGUUACGAGUCGGUCUAGUCUGGACCUCGACAGGGGACGGAGCCGCCAAAUCAGGAUUUCUUCAUUCCCCCCAAGAGCAGCUUUGAUAAUAACCGUCAUCAGAACAUCUCACGAUGGUGAUUUGAUCCCAUCGAACAUGAUUCCAUUUUGGUCCAGCACAAUAUUUACAGUAUAUCCUUGCUCCAGUUAUCUUUAGGUUGUGGCUUAGGUGCAGGAUGGCUAGUGGCACAAAAGCAUCUUGUUCAUAAUGAAUCUAAAACUGGAAGGCCCGCAUUCUUAAAAGAGGCUUCUAUUGUACCAUGGUACAAAAACAUGGACUUUGCAGAUUUUUGUACAUAAUUACGCUUAUAGAAGAAAAAAAAAUCAAAUUUAACGCGUUUUUGGCAAAGGGCGCUAAAAGGAAAACGCGAUACAGUUCAAGAAAUCUGCAUAAACCAUGGUUUUAUACCAUAGUAUUCUGAAACUACUUAUUAGAAUUUGAACUGUUGGGUCUACAUUUAGCCUGGAGGCAUUCACACUUGUCAUUUAAUCACAUUGAAAGGGAUAUUCCAAAGUGACUUAAACAGGAAGGAUGUUACCACUUCAGUACAUGUUCCUCCUGACACGUGAGGUAUAUUAACGCAGUGUGAAAUGGUCAAUCAUGGAUUAAUCAUAUUUAUGGUGUAAUCCCUCCAUUGUACUCAAACCAUCGUGUCAUAACAAAAUCUAUUUGCAUCACUGGUCAUCGCUUCCUUGCACAGUUGAUACAUUUUUUUGCGGGCUGCUUGAUAGAAUAUUGAAUAUGCAAAUGUACGGUUGUCUUUAGCAUGAAGAAAUCUUGAUGGUUUCCGGGGUUGUCAUGGAAACAACCAUCUGUCAUGUCCCCUCCUCUUCCUGGAGUUGCCAAAAGUUUCAUCAAAGUUUGAAAAAUCUUUGAUACAAAAAAAUUCUUGUUUUUCUGUUUUGUCUGUCAUCUCUUGCAAUACCAUUUAACAAAAAAAACACCACCCAUUUGGAAGUGUGUUUCAUCUGUUUCACUAUCAUGGUGUUUAUGGCUCUCUCCUUUUGGUUUUGCAUUUUGAUAACUAAUAAUGUACAACCGAAAUAUGUGUAUAAUGCUCAAAUGGUGCCUAUAGCCGGUGAAGAAGAUGUUAGCUUCAUAAAUCUGCAUAUAGAUACAUAGGUCAGUCAAUAUAUUCAUGUUAAAUUUCUUGUGUUCACACUUUUUGCAUUCCUAAUUGUAUGUGGUGUGAUCCCACUCUUGGCGUUUGUGAUAUAUAUUCUGGCAACUCCAGGAAGAGUGACUCUCAUAUUCUUUCUUUUUUUUAAUCAUUGAAAUUUGGGUUGUAUACAAUGGAGAUCACUUUUUUUGCAUAAUAAUGGAAUGUUGUUGAUACGUUAAUAUCAGUUUGUAUGUGGCAUAAUCAGAUCUAUUUUCGUAUCCGUUGAAGUACAUGAAUGUUUAUCAUUAAAUGUUUGUUUACUAUUGUGUGUAUGAUAUAGAUAUAUAUAUUAAAAAAUGCCUAUAUUUUUUUCCAUUCUUCAAGUAACUAUAGUAUCACUCUUUCUGUUUCCUUGCAUAGUUUCAUUAAUUUUGAUGUUGUUGUAAAUUUGAGCCAUAGUACUUGAUUAUUUUCCUGUGCGUGAUGAGCAAAUGGUCGGUGCACAAUUCCCACUUCCAACUGGUCAACUCGGUCAAGCACGGGUCAGGUAUUUUCGAUCAGGUCAGUCUAGGUCAACAAGGCUAUCCUGGGCCCCGUCUUACAAAGAUUUAGGAUUGAUCCGAUCAAUUGCAACUAUGGACGGCCAGCAACGUCAACAUCCAAUAUGCAUGUUUGUUCAUAAUAUUUUCUAGCUACGAUGUAUGUUCAUGCAUUCAUUGUUUUCUUGAGAAUUCACUGCGCUUUUCUUUGCAUACAACGGACAUUGUGCAACUUUUUUGGUAGAAAGAAUUAUGACACCGAUGGACUUCCAUAGAGUUGCGACUGAUCGAUCAAUCGUAACUCUUUGUAAGAUGGGGGCCCUGGUUCACAACCAUAAUAGGCAUCAGUCUACCUGUGCCGUUUUCAUUGGUAUUGCCCUGCUUACCCAAAUAUUUUGAACAUGUCCAAUAUGUUUGAGUAGAGAGCUAGAGCAAUUUUGAUCACAGAGAUUGAGGUAGGAUAUUGUCCACCUAGCCGAUCUUGACCAACCUCGUCGAAUACCUUGACCGGCUUUGAUUGAAAUGAUCAGUUCAGGUUCCUGUUUCAUAAAGACCUGAUAUAACAAAUGCACAUUUUCUAUUGCAAGUUUAUAAUCAGCCAAUCAAAUUGAUGGAUUGCAGUAGCUUAAAACUGUUAUGGCAUAUUUGUUUAUCGUUAAAAGUUUUGUGAAAUGGGAACCCAGCUUGGGCAUUUUAUCUUCACCAUGGGAAAACGAUGCAUUCACUUGAUUGUGAUGUGGGUUUUCAAAUUGAAUGUGGGCGCUUUGCCCGAAAAUGUACAUCUCUCUGUAUCCAGGACUGAAAAUCAAGAAAUCUAGGAAAUAACUUUGAAAAAAAAAUUGCUUUAUGUUAUUGUUCGAAUUGCUUAAUAUAAACUAUCUUCUGUUUUCUUUACUAGAUUUUACAAGUUGGCAAUCUGACAUGACAUUUUUUUCAUUUGAUAUACAUUUUAUGGUAGUAUAGUUAAUAUUGUGAAUGAUAUGAUGUAUAUUAUUAUUUUCAAAGAAAUGGUUCUACCAAUGUGUUUUAAGUUUAUAUAGAUUUAUGUUGUUGAAUCGAGAUAUUGCAAUGAAUGUGUUGAAUCAAAUUCAGUGCGAGAUUGCAAAACCUGUUGCCUUGAUAUUUAAAUGAGAAGGGGAAUAUCAUAUUUGUGAUGUGUUUAGUUUUAUGUUUUUUUAAAGCAAGAGAUGGAUGAAAACGGAUAGCAAUAAAAUCUUUUGCAAGAAAUUAUAUAACCGAACUGUAGGGGAAGUGUAAGGAAGGUAUUACCUGCCUUGCCUUGUGCUUUCGAGACAGUAAUUGAACUUGGCCCUGAUCGGGGGGGGGGGGGGGGGCAGAAAAGUACGCAAAAUUUCUGCCUAGAUAAAAAAAAUUGGGGAAAAGGUUUUAAAGUCACCAUUAAACAAGCAAUUACCAAAAGAGUUAACACUCUAAUAACAGGCACAGGUCUUCUGUGAUUUUUCUGUAUCGUGUUGUGUUAUUUAUCGGACGAAUUCAGCAUGGUAAACGUUAGUCAUACAUAUGUGGGCCUUGUAAUAUGAGAAAGACUAUAGGUCUUAUUUCCGUCAAAUUUGGCAUUGUUUACAAAGUGUCUGUGAAGUUGCCUUGCAGAUUGAUGAUAAUCUCUCUUAAGAAAAUUGUAAGCGGUAUGUGGUUGAAAUAAUAAGAUGAACAUUUUAAUGACUUGUGUAUUAAGCUGUACAAAUUUGUUCAAUUUGUUUUUCAUUUACGUGUCGUGUACAUACAUGUAGUUACUAAGUACAUACGGAAAAGUGUGGUUCAUUAUGUUAAAGAUAUUAUCAUUAGGUGAUUCGAUUCAUGAUCAUUAUUUUGUACUUUAAAAGUCGCUUCAAAUGUAGCUAUUCAAGAUCACACAAACUCACUACCGUAAUUUGAAUAUUUAGGGUGUUAGUGUAAUGAAGUCGUGGUGUUCCACUAGACAAUUGAAAUGUUAAGGUCAAUGUUUAAAUGAAAUGGGGUGGUUUCAUGUAGGGUGUUGAAUUUUAGUGUUGGUGUGGAGAGGAAGUUAACACCCAGCACAACAUGCAUUGAACUCAUAUCAUGCCAAAUCCACUGUGUAGAGUGCUCAUGGGGUGUUUGGUGUAAGUUUCAUGACCCGUUAAUGAAAUUAUCAUAAUGCGAAUUCAAUAAAUUUUUAAGCCCACAAAUCGGUUUUUGAGCUAGGUAUAGCAGCAUGGAUCACACUCUUAUCAGAAACACCAAUGCAAACCUUGAUGCCUAACCCCAACACCCAACACCAGUAUCUAUGUUCAGCACCAAACUUAACAUCUCCUCCAGUGGAUGUUGGUGUUGAUGCUGAGUAUCAACACCACCGUCCACAUCAGCACCAAACACCAACAUCUGCGUUAGCACCCAAUGCCAACAAUAAUACCAAUACCAAGCACCAACACUGAACAUUAACACCACACUUGAAGUCAACCACUAGAGCUCAAUAUGGUAAUAGUGUUCCUUGCUUAACAUGACUUAAUGUAAUAUUAUGGUAUCUCAAGCAACAUGUAUCAAAGUCCCUAAGUUCAUCCUCGACAAAACUCUAAAAAGGGAGAUUACUUAACUUCUGCAGUAAAGUGAUAUUUUAUCAAGUAUUGCUGAAUCUUUGCAUAUUCAAUUUUUUAUCCGUGAGCUGGGGAAGGGAUUUUGAUGUCCACAGAACUCCCUUGAUUUAUUGCUUCAAAAUUUCUCCUUUUUCUCUGGAUUAAACUUCAUUAGUACAUGUACACUCGUAGGAAUGCUAACUUGAUGUUCCAUAUUGUUAUUUUCAUUUUGUAAACUUGGCUUGGAUGAUAUAGGCCUAGAUAAUGAAGACGAGGAGGAGGAGGAUGGAGGCAAUGAUGAGGAUGGUGAUGAUGAUGAUGAUAAUGACAACGAUGGUGAUGGUAAUAUUUGCAACAGCUGCUGGUGAUUGUAAUAAUAAAAAGAUUAUGAUGAUAGUAGUUGUGGUGGGGAUAAGUGAAUGGAUGAGAUGUUUGAAUUCACCAUUUGCCGAUGAGUGCCGUAGUCGUUGCAGCAAUUAUGUACAUGCCGCCUAUUAUUCCAUUCUGUGAUUUAUAUUAGUAGUACCGGGGAUAGAGUAUUCUUCACAUAACGUUGAGUACAUGAACACCAAAUGGGGCAAAAAUGUUAUUUUAUGUUUAAAAAAAGAUCAUUUGGAAUAUUACAGCCAUGAAUCAAAUUUUAAUCAUAGGAGGGAAAAGUUUGUUCUGGAUACAUGGAUGUGCAUGUUAUGUAGUACAAAGGUGUAU